ACACGGCGACACCCUAGAUCUCUAACCACUCGUAUAUAAGCCACGCUGAAUUUAGGGUUUCAUUUACCUCGAGCGUUUUAGCCGUCGCCCAAAUCUCCCUUCGUCCUCGUCCCCUGUUCUCGUCCAAAACCCUCGAAACCGAUCGCCCAUGGGGAAGGUGCACGGAUCGCUCGCGCGCGCGGGGAAGGUGAGGGGCCAAACCCCGAAGGUGGCGAAGCAGGACAAGAAGAAGAAGCCGAAGGGGAGGGCGUACAAGCGCAUGCAGUACAACCGCCGCUUCGUCACCGCCGUGGUCGGCUUCGGCAAGAAGAAGGGCCCCAACUCCUCCGAGAAGAAGUAAAAAAAAUAAAAAAAAUGGCGGCGAUUUGAUCUUUAACGUACUUUUUCGUGUGGAAAAUGGUGCCUUUUUUAUGGUGUAGUAGUAGGGAUCGUGUUUUCGGAUUUUGUUGCUGUUUGCGUUGUUUUAGAUUCUAUCCAAAUGUCGUAAUUUAUAUUUUGGUACCUUUUAAGAAGUGAAUUUAGUAUGUGGUUUUAAGGUUAGAAUUAAGAAUAUUUGAAUUUGAGUAUUCUAUUAAAGUUCGUCAAUUUGGACGCAAA